AGCUAGCUGCAUGAAUACAUUGUUAAGACCCAUCAUCAUUGUCAAGGAAUUUGGAGACAAUUUAACAACUGAAAGUGAAAUAAUGGUCGGAUUGAUGGGUUGGGGUGUUACAGAGCAAGGAUGGAGAAAAGGGCCUUGGACUUCUGAAGAAGACAAAUUGCUCUCAGAAUAUGUUACUUCUCAUGGUGAAGGAAGAUGGAGUUGUGUAGCUAGAUCUGCAGGUUUGAGAAGGACUGGCAAGAGUUGUAGGCUAAGAUGGGUGAAUUACUUGAGGCCAGGGCUUAAGAGAGGUCAAUUAACUCCUCAGGAAGAGAGCAUCAUUAUAGAACUACAUGCCUUUUGGGGAAACAAAUGGUCUACAAUUGCUAGGUGCUUGCCUGGGAGAACAGAUAACGAAAUCAAGAAUUAUUGGAGAACUCAUUUCAAGAAAUCAUCUUUGAAUCAAGGAAAGAAAAUUCGUUCACGCCAACAACAAAGACAGAUGAAGAAGCAGGUCCAUUCGCCGCAGCCGCAACCGCAACCGCAACCGCAACCGCAACCGCAACUAUUACAACAAUCAGAACAAUUACAGCAGCAGCAACAGCAACAACAGCAAUUGGUUGAAAUGAAGAGGAUUGAAGGUCAGGCACCUUACAAGCAAGAAAUGGAUUGUUUCUUUUAUCCAACCUUGGAGGAUCAAUGUUUGCCUGUGAUGUUACAAGAGGGAAAUUGUGUGGGUGAUACUAUUAUGGAAGAAGAUAGCCUAUGGGGUGGGUUGUGGAACUUGGAUGAUCUCUCACCCCAGAUUGAUCAGAACUACAACAAUAACAAAAUUGGGUUGCAAAGUGAAUUUUGGUGUCUCUAA